AUGCGCAGCACACUCUCGCGAUCCCUCCCCCUGCGCUCGUCGCUCUGCUCAGCACGCUCAUCUGCUGCUCCGGCAUCAGCAUCAUGGAGCCGCAUUCGCUCUCCCUUUGCCGUCCCCCGCUUCACCUACGCCACAGGCCCUGACUCCUCCAAGCCCCCAAACCCUCACCAAGACACAAACCACAUCCAGGCCCGGCGCCCGGACAUCAAAGAAGUCACACAUCGCUUCCGCGAAUUCGACCUCCAGGGCCGCGUCUACGUGAUCACCGGUGGAGGCCGUGGUCUCGGUCUUGCCAUGGCCGAAGCCCUGCUUGAAGCUGGUGCUAAGGUCUACUGCCUCGACCGCCUCACAACCCCACACCCCGACUAUGAGCUCGCAAAAGAGCACGCAGACAAGCACUACGGCGGCAGUCUGCACUACCACCGCAUCGACGUGCGCAACGCCGAAGAAACAAACGCCAUCUUCGCCGAAAUCGCCGCCAACAACGGCCGCAUGGACGGCCUGAUCGCCGCCGCAGGCAUCAACUACCUCGAGUCCGCCCUCGAGCACUGCCCCAAGAUGCUGCACGAAGUCAUGGACAUCAACUACAACGGUGUCUUCCACAGCGCCACCGCCGCCGCUAGGCAAAUGUUCAACUACCAGCAAAAGGGCUCCAUCCUUCUUAUUGCCAGCAUGUCCGGGCUUAUUGCGAACAAGGGCAUGACCUCGCCCGUGUACAACUCCUCCAAGGCGGCUGUUAUCCAGCUCAGCAGGAACCUGGCGAUGGAAUGGGGACGGCAUGGAAUCCGUGUAAACUCUCUUUGCCCUGGUCACAUCGUUACUCCCAUGGUGGAUGAGGUAUUCAAGAAGGAGCCUGCUGCGCGGGCUGUGUGGGAGGCAGAGAACAUGCUUGGACGAUUGGCGACGCCAGAGGAGUUCAGAGGUGCGGCACUGUUUGCCCUGAGUGAUGCUAGUAGCUUUAUGACUGGGAGUACGAUGUUGAUUGAUGGAGGACACACUGCUUGGUAA